GGUUGCUCUGAUAGAUAUUCUCAGAAGAUACAGAGAGAAAUGCAUUGCGGUUGGGGGCGACUUGGAAGAAAUGUAUCACCAGGUGAGAGUUAAGCAGAAAGAUCAGAACUCUCAGCGAUUUCUAUGGAGGGAUGCUAAAAGUAACGCUAAACCCGAUGUUUAUGUCAUGGAAGUACUCACUUUCGGUACAAAUUGUUCGCCGAGCCUUGCACAACACAUCAAGGACAAAAAUGCAUCCGAAUUCGAAAACGAAUAUCCAAAGGCAGCUGCAGCGAUCAAACAAAAUCAUUACGUCGACGAUUGGUUGGAUUCAACACAUACGGUAGAAGAUGCAAUUUGUCUGGCCAAGCAAGUGAAGCAUGUUCAUCAACAGGGUGGAUUCAAUCUGAGAAAAUUCAUAUCGAACUCAAAAGAGGUUCUCGAUGCCUUGGGUGAUGACAGCGUCCAGCAGGCAAAAAAUCUAGAUGUCAACUCGACCCUAGGAACUCAAAAGAUACUUGGCAUGUGGUGGGAUGCUCAAAGGGACUGCUUUACAUACUCACUAAAAUUCACGAAGUUAAAUGAAGAGGUUCUACUGGGAUUGAGAGCACCAACCAAGAGAGAAGCACUAAAAACGCUGAUGUCUAUAUACGAUCCUCUGGGCCUCAUCGCAUUUUUUCUGGUAUACCUUAAAGUACUCAUACAAGAGGUGUGGAAACGAAAAAUAGCCUGGGAUGAACAAUUGCCUGACGAUUUGAACGAGAAAUGGAAACGCUGGAUACGUUUCUUACCGAUGGUCCAAAAUGUUUCCAUACCACGUCUAUACUCCGAUAAAAUAUCACCGGGAGAGGCGAAAACAAUCGAGUUGCACACUUUCGUCGAUGCAAGCGAAUAUGCCUACUGUGCGGCAAGUUAUCUCAGAAUUGAGGAUCACAAUGGCGUCGACGUUGUACUGGUUGGAGCGAAAACCAAAGUGGCGCCGAUAAAACCGCUGUUAACCACACCUAGAUUGGAAUUACUAGCAGCAGUUCUCGGCACCAGGCUUGCUAAAAGCAUCGAACAAAGUCUAACACUUCGCAUUGACAAGAGGUAUUACUGGUCCGAUUCAAGAGACGUGUGGUGUUGGAUACGAUCUACAACCCGAAAAUAUCGUCAGUUCGUCGCAUUCCGUAUAGGCGAAAUUCUUGAAGAGACAAAGGAAGAGCAAUGGCGAUGGGUGCCCGGUGACAUUAAUGUAGCCGACGAGGGUACAAAAUGGAAGAAAAAUCCGAACUUCGAUUCAAAUUGUCGAUGGUUUCGAGGGCCAGAAUUUCUAUACCAGGACGAGAGUUCGUGGCCACCGAAUUUGUCGUCGGGUGAAACAACCGAAGAGGAAAUUCACGUUCAUCUUCCCAUCAUAAUCAAGGCAAAUCCGCACAGUUCAAUUGUACCCGAAAACUUCUCGAAGUGGUCAAGACUGGUAAAUGUCCAAGCGUUAGUGAAUCGAUUCGUACAGACAUUAAAAGCGAAAAUCAAUGGUCAGUCAGCAAUCAAAGGUCCGCUGUCAUCGGUGGAAAUUAAUCAAGCCGAAAUUACACUUUUCAAGAUGGCACAAUUCGACUGUUUCCACAGUGAAAUUGAAAGACUAAAGAAUCCCAAGAAGAAAUUUGGUCCGAAAUCGUAUGUUGCAAAGUCGAGUCCAAUAUACAAACUGUCACCGUAUUUGGAGGAAGAUGGAUUGUUACGUGUAAAGGGUAGAAUUGACAACAUUGGUGGUGUGAAAUUUGAUACCAAAAGGCCGAUAAUACUGCCAAGAGGUCACAAAAUAACGGAUUUGCUCGUCAACAAUUACCACCGGAUGUAUUUGCAUGGAAACAAUGAAACCGUCAUAAAUGAAUUGAAACAGAAAUUCGUCAUUCCUAAGGUACGAGCAGUGGUGAGAGGUAUUGUGUCGCAGUGCCAAUUUUGCAAGAACAAGAAAGCCAAACCAACAAUGCCGGAAAUGGGCAGUCUACCGGUUUCCAGAUUAUCGCCGGGAAUCAGACCUUUCACUUAUACCGGCGUAGACUAUUUUGGACCGAUAAAUGUUUUACAACCAAGGGGAACCGAGAAAAGGUGGGGUGUCUUGUUCACCUGUUUGACGGUUCGGGCCAUCCACAUUGAGUUGGUACCAAGUCUUAAUACAGACUCAUGCAUACUGGGUAUCAGAAAUUUCACAAAUCUUCGAGGUACUCCGAGAAAGUUCCAUAGCGACAAUGGGACUCACUUCAAGGGUGCGGACAAUGAACUACAAAAGGAGUUCCAGAAGCUAGACAAGGAUAAACUACAGUCGUCAUUUACAAAAACGUACACAAGUUGGGAUUACAAUCCACCAGCUGCUCCACAUUUCGGAGGUUCGUGGGAACGUUUAGUUGCAUCCGUCAAAAACAAUCUGGAAUUGGUAAUGUUCACACGAACACCAAAGGAGGAAUUGCUGAGAAGUUACCUCUGGGAAGUGGUCAACAUUGUGAAUUCGCGACCGUUAACAUAUGUGCCAAUCGAUAAUCGCGACGAUGAAGUUCUCACACCGAACCAUUUUAUACUCGGUUCAUCAAAUGGACAUUUGGCGCCAGGAGAAUUUCCUUUCGAAGAGAAAUCGUUGUCUAAGGCUUGGCGAAGAUCACAAGAAUUAACGAACAUGUUCUGGCGCAGAUGGAUAAAGGAAUACUUACCGACGCUCACUUGCAGAACCAAGUGGUUUCCCAAAGCCAAGCCAAUCGAACCUGGUGAUGUAGUAAUUUUGGUGGAUGAGAAAAACGCUCGUAACAGUUAUCCAAGGGGAGUGGUGUUGCAUACGUUGCCAGACAAACAUGGACAAGUGCGACAAGCAACAGUACGAGUAGCGGAGGUCAUUCCGGAUACCUUUGGUCGAACGACAAUAGAUGCGCCUGUGAGAUAUUCCAUCAAAACAAGACCGGUGGCCAAACUUGCAGUCCUGGAUGUCUUGAGUGAACGUGAUGGAAAGACGUCGAACGGGUCAGUGAAUUCGAAUGGAUCAAUCGUUGAUGACAAUCAGGAUGAAGUUAAGGGAACAGGUAUGGAGCCUACACAAUUCCUUAACGGGGAGGAGUAUGUCAACAACACAGAUUCGAAUUUGUACGCCACCAACGAUUCGAACGUGAGAAUGAAUCGAAACGACCGAAAGUCCACUUUACGUCCAAGGAAAAGACAGAGUGACAGCCGGAAGCCGUUGUGUUAGUAAAAGAAGAAGAAGAAGAAGAGAAAGAAAAAAACGAUUGCAUCAAAGUGAAAAUAGUUUGUUGUAGUCUUAGAUCGAAGUGAUCGAAAUUAACGUAAAUUAAGUAAAGUUUAAGUAUCGUGAAUAUCAGAGGCGGUGACCUAUUGGAGAAACUUUAAAUUUCAAAUUGUGAGUUCGGUUGUAGCCUUGAGUGUUAGAACGAUUUCAAAAUCACAUUUUCGUUUAUUAGAUUCUAAUUUGGGGAAUGUUCCGCUGAACUGAGACCAUCGAGGGCAAAGAUAGGCACAAAAUGUGUUAAGGUAAUUGGACUUCGGUCUGCAUUGGGCGAACUGAGCUUAUUUGUGGUUUUCUUUAGUCUCAGUUUAGGUUAUGUUCACAAGGUCACAAGCCGCUCUGUUUAACGCGAUAAUUGUUUGCGCAGUAGAUACACCAAAGAAUUUGAAGCUGUGGUGAAGAGAAUAAACAAUUUAUUGAAUCGGAAAGUUGUCGACUUUCAUUGCUGCUGUUCAGAUCAAAAUC